AGAUUUGUUACUGUUUGUUUAAGAAUUUUAACAUCUGAAGAAAAAACUAGCAACAAAUGAACUUGCCUAAUUGACCCUGAUUUAAUAAAAUGCAGCCUCCAAAUUAUCAGUAUCCACCCCAGGGCCCAAUGUCCAUGGAUCCUGUGUACAAUCAAUCCAACUAUCCACCACAUAAUUCUGCUGUUGGUGGAAAUGUUACUUAUACUCAUGGUGGUGCUUUACAAACAAGUAAACAUACCCCACCAGCUACAAGUGGAAGCAUACCAAGCCAACAACCACCCGUAACAUCGGUAAAUGGAUAUUAUAAUGGCCAUCAAUAUCAAAGCAACAAUAUGUAUCAUUCUGGACCACAAAUGAAUCCACCCCCUACUUCAUACAACCAACCAAUAACGUCACCACCACCAUUACCAAGUAAUACAAACUCUGGAAUGAACAAUCCCCCAGCAAGUGGGUAUCAACAAAACUAUCAACGUCCACCAACUUCAGAAUAUCCCCAACAACCUGGUUAUCCUGUAUCUGGUGCUGGAGAACCCCCUCGGCCAAACGAACAUUCAUAUUCCAAACCAAACCAACCCCCGUACCAACCUAUUCAUCAACAAAUGUCAAACAUGAGUAUUAACAACCAAAACCAAACCUUUAACCAGGCACCUGGAUCUUACAUGCCACCCCCAAGCACUCCUGGUUACAUACCUCCACCACAAACAAUUAACCCAACACAAUCUUAUCCACAACCUGGACCACCAGGAGCAGCAGGGGUUGCAAGGCCACCUAAUUACCCCAACCAACCAGUGACUGCACCACCAAAAAGACUUGACCCUGAUGCCAUGCCAAGCCCCAUACAAGUUAUACAAGAUGAUAAAAUAAACCGUGGAGGGGAAGGGUUCCGCACAGAAGGCAGAGGCUUGGUACCUCCAUUGGUGACCACUCAGUUCACUGUAGAAGAUAUGGGGAGUGUCAGCCCAAGGUAUGUUCGGUGUACAGCAUACAAUCUACCAGCAACUGCCGAUAUGGCCAAGAAUUGUCAAGUACCAAUGAGUUUAUGUGUGAAGCCAUUAUCAGCUUUACCUGAGGGUGAAUCUCCACCAUUUAUAGUUGACCCGGGCCCUGAUGGUCCAAUUCGAUGCAAACGAUGCAAGGCAUACAUGUGCCCACAGUUUACAUUCACUGAUGGUGGAAGAAGGUUUCAGUGUGUCCUGUGUAAUGCAAUCACAGAUACCCCACAUAGUUAUUUUGAUCACCUCGACCACAUGAACCAUCGUGUGGAUAAAUAUAGAAGGCCCGAGUUGUGCCGAGGUUCGUAUGAAUUCAUCGCAACAAAAGAUUAUUGUCGGAAUGAUAAGUUUCCACUUUCCCCGGCCUUUAUAUUUGCCAUUGAUGUUUCAUACAACGCAAUGAAGUCUGGUUAUGUUGACCUUCUGUGCCGACAACUCCAUACAUUGCUUGAUACUCUACCUAAAGAAGCACAUCAAGAGAAAUCCUCAAUUAGAGUUGGUUUCAUCACUUAUAACAAUGUCUUGCAUUUCUAUAAUUUGAAGAGUUCCCUGGCACAACCACAGAUGAUGGUAGUAUCAGAUGUUAAUGAUGUGUUCGUUCCAUUACAAGAUGGAUUCCUUGUUGAUCUUGAUCAAUCUAGGCAUGUGAUAGACAGUUUGUUGGAUCAAAUACCUGACAUGUUUCGUGACACUCGGGAAACUGAGCUUGUGUUUGCUCCGGUCAUUCAAGCUGUUGUGCAAGCACUCAAGUCGGCAGAAUGUGCUGGGAAGUUGUUCAUGUUCCAUACCAGUCUCCCAAUAGGGGAAGCACCUGGAAAACUCAAAAAUCGUGAUGAUCGGAAAUUAAUUGCAACAGACAAAGAAAAGGUUUUAUUCAACCCUGCAAGCAACUUCUAUGAGAAACUUGCAAAGGAUUGUGUUGCUCAAGCUUGCUGUGUGGAUUUGUUCUUAUUUCCUAACCAAUAUGUGGAUGUAGCAACCUUAUCGCAAGUCCCACAAUAUACAGGGGGACAGGUGUACAAAUACAACUUCUUCCGAUCUGACAUCGAUGGUUCUCGUUUCAUCAAAGAUUUUGCUCAUGACCUUCAACGUGACAUUGUGUUCGAUGCAAUCAUGCGUGUGAGAACAAGCACCGGUAUCCGCGCUGUCCAGUUCUAUGGUUCCUUAUACAUGGGUAACACCACAGAUGUUGAAUUGGCCGCCAUAGAUUGCGAUAAAGCCAUCCAAGUUGAGUUGAAACACGAUGAUAAAAUAGCUGAGGAAUAUGGGGCGUACGUGCAGAUUGCUCUGUUGUACACAUCAGUGAGUGGACAGCGUCGACUUCGUUUACAUAAUCUAAACUUGAGUGUAUGUACCCAGCUUGCUGAUUUAUACAGAUCUUGUGAAACGGAUGUUUUGAUGAAUUAUCUUGCUAAGAAAGCGGUUGUAUCUGCUCUACAAUCUUCAUCUGCAAAACUACGGGAAGAGUUGAUUAACCAGAUAUCGGUGACACUUGCCACGUAUCGUAAACAUGUGGCUUCACCCUCGUCACCGGGACAACUUAUCCUACCAGAGUGCAUGAAGUUGUUGCCUGUGUACUUGAACUGUUUAUUGAAGAACGAUGCCAUCCAUUCGUCACAUGACGUCACCACUGAUGAUCGAGCUUAUUUGCGCCACCUUAUUAUUUCCAUGGAUGUUUCGGACACACAAACAUUUUUGUAUCCACGUCUUAUACCAGUGUUCGGUGAAACUGUCUCGAUUGAGGGACUUCCCCCUGCUAUCCGUUGUUCUGAAGAGCGAAUGAAGGAGAAUGAAGCUUAUCUGCUUGAGAAUGCAGUUAGUUUGUUUCUAUGGAUCGGACAAUCUGUUGAUCCAGCCUGGAUACAAAAUGUCUUCGGUGUCCAAAGUGCGGCACAGAUUGAUAUUGACUUGGUCAACCUUGUUGUUUAUGAUAAUGAAGAUUCAAGAAAACUUCGUGAUCUGGUUGCUAAGUUACAAGCAUCACGAAAUCGUCAAAUGAAGUUCACUAUUGUACGACAACGAGAUAAAUUGGAGCCAUGGUUUAAACAUUUGUUGGCAGAAGACCGUGGAGCUGGUGGUGCUACUUCAUAUGUGGAUUUCUUAUGUCAUAUGCACAAAGAAAUACGAGCUUUGCUGAACUAGUCAUGAAAAUUAUUUUAACCUUUGUGUCCAAAUAUUUGAAUGUAUAGGCAAUCGUAUGUUUGGAUGGAUAAGAUAAAAUGCAAUUCCGACGCUGCAUAUUCUAUAACCAUUGUGCAAUAACAUUGUAUUAACUAUGGGACAACUAUUUCUGUUUUAUGAGGUCUCCUCGGUAAUAUAGAAGCAUAAGUUAUUUUCCGACCAUUAAUUAUGACGUCACGACCAUGUGGUGUUAGUUGUCAUUGGUGACGGAAUUCACAGAAGAUUGUGAUUGGUACACGGAUAUGUAUAGAUGCUCACUUGUAUAUAGGCCUUGCUUAUUUGACUUGAACGUUUUAUCGCCCGUUAAAAAAAAUAAAAGUCUAAGGUCGUAA